AUGGUAUAUUUGACUUUUGCAUGGUUGAAUAUACCAAAAUACGGACCCUAUAGAGGUGUUGAAGAAGAUGCUUUUUAUAAAGAUGUUGUGUUGGUUGUUUUUGAAAGUGUUGCUCCUCUUAUUUCACCAAUCAGAGGACCAGAAGAUGGAGGACAUGGCCAUGGCUUGAUGGUCAAAUUUGGUCAGGCAUUGAAAAAAAUUGCAUAUGAUUAUAACGUGGCUGUUUUGCUGACAAAUCAUGUCGUAGCUGACUCUGAUCAUUCCUACACCAGACCAGCGCUUGGUACAAACUGGUCUCGCAUCCUUGACAACAGAAUAUUUCUACAUGAUUCUGAGGAAGACCCCACACAGAAGAUGAUGAAGUUGGUCAAAAGUAUUCAUUUGCCAUUAAAAGAUGGAGUACGAAUAAAGAUCACGAAAUCUGGAUUACGUGAUGAUUCAUGA